GUUUCCUAGACCGACAGUCACGUGACUUUCAACAAUAACCAGAUUUUAUGGGGUCCUCUCACUAGAAGUUUCUGCUGCCCUUUUACUCUUUAAACACCGUAAACAAAGUAAUUCAUUCCCAGCUGGACUUUUUUUGUGUGUUUGUGUGUGAUCUCCCAAAUCUAUCAUGCGAACUCCUGGAAUUUUUAUUUUCGGGAUGGUGCUCGCACCUUGCGGGUGGAUUCUGGAGCUGACCAGCACCGUGGCACCAGGCUGGCGCACGAUUAACAACAUCCCUGGAGAAUCUUCCGAUCUGGUCCUCCAACAAGGAUUAUGGGACAUCUGCAGGACUUUCACAUCAUCCCGGGAUAUUCUUUGCAACCAACAGGACACGCAGUACUUCAGCGCUCAGAUCAUCCAGAUCGCGCGAGGAUUGAUGCUGGCGGCACUCAUUCUCAAUGUCAUUGCCAUCGGCGUGGCAUCAGCCGGAGUCAGAUGCUGGACUGAUACCCCACAGUGGACUGUCGCUGGGAUAGGUGGUCUUCUUAUCUUCAUCUCAGGGGUCCUCACCAUCAUACCAGUGGCGUGGUACACUCACAUCAUGACCUCCAUCUUCUCCACAUCCACCGAUAUUCGUGUAGGAUACUGCCUGGUUCUGGGCUUCAUCGGGGGGAUCAUGGAGGUGCUCGGAGGUUUGGUGAUGUCCAUCGGGUUGUGUCGGCGCUGUGACGGUCGGAAGCAAGAUCAAAGGCCGAGGACAAAUGCGGUGAAGUCCGCGCGCGAUCCAUCUCCACCACACAGAGUCAUAGUGCCCAGUGUAAUCAGCGUGAGCAGUGCGAGCAGCGCCAGUAGUGUCCCGUAUUACUCCAAACAAAGUGAGAUGGACUUCACACGAGCGAAGACGCAACAGGACAGACCAGUGAACACGGCCUAUAAAGCACAACCUUACGACUCAGAUUUGUAAAAGACAACCUUUUAGCAAGAUGCUUACGAAAAUCACCGUGGUAACCAUCGUUUCCGCGUGAAAAUUCCGUAGUUUAUCAACCAGAUUGAUCAAAUCAGUCUUUCCAGUGUAGGCUACGUUUCAUUUCAUUUUUUGAGUGGUCUAAUGCCCAGUUAUAUUGUGAAAAUUUAUAUUACACAUAACAGGACAAUAUUGUGAAAAAAAAAAAUCACAUAAAUGCCUUAGGCAAUAUUUUACAACGGCACUGUAAAAUAGAUUAUAAUGAUUUUCUAGUAAAAUUCAAGUCACUGUAAAAUUUACAGUAAAAGGAAGUGGCCCAAUGUUUAAAUAGUUUUUAUUUUUAUUGCCAGUUAUGUUUUGUUUAGGUUUUAGUUCAUGUUGAACAUUAUGUGAAAUGUGGUUGUGCAUCGAAAGGCCUUUUUUGAUUAUCAAUAAUUCAUAAUGUGACCAUCUGUUUUACCACCUGUAUUAUCUUUGAUGUAUCAUUUAUUUUAAGGUCAUAUUAACUACUCACCUAUGAUAUUUUGGCGGAAAUCAUAGUUAUAGGCCUACAUUUUCUGAUUGUCAAGGGAAGUGAGGUUUUGAGGUUAUAUUGAGGAGCACUAACACCAUUAGUUUGGUUUUACUUGGCACUUUAUAAUGUAAAGCCCUUAUGAUUUUGUUGGCAGUACCUUCGAUGUCUUCGAUUUUGUAGCACACUGGGCUAUAAUGUGUAAAUACAGUAAUUUAUCAGGAACCUCUUAAGUUUGUACAGUUAACCAACUACAAAAAGCAAACACAUUCUUCUGAAGUAAGCUAAUCUUUGCACAACCACUGCACACGGGACAGAGGUGUGUGUCUCUGCUGUAGGAAGAAUGCUAUGUAAAAUGUUUUGUGGAAGGGUUUUUUUUUUUCACAGUAAUGUUGUAAUUUACUUCCAUCCAUCAAUUUUAAUGCAAAUUGUUGAAGGCUGUUUAUAUGAAGGCUACAUGAAUGUAAUAAAUGAAUAAAUUAUGAAGCUAAAAAUUGCACAUCUUGAACAAUGUCAAGUACAACUUUAUGCAUGCUACCAAUAAAUAUCAUCCUCUUCUUGUA